AUGGGCAAGCUAUCUUGUGACAGACAGAACAAGAAUAAGUUGUCCCAUGCAUUGUGUCUUACUCUCUUAAAGAAGGAAAGAUGUCCCUCACCACAGAAGAAGAGGUUUGAUCCCCUUUUUCAUGCAACUGCCUGCGCUAGAGAAUGCCCUGCCCCCUGGGCUUUGGGAUCUUCUGAGGGGCAUUUUGAUGAAGUCCUAACAAAUGAAAAGCAACUUGUUCUUUCGGUCAGCUACAGAGUCCAAGUGACUCACAAUCUUAAAUGGAUUUUAUUAUCACAAUACACAUGUGAGAAUCAGUCUCCACCAGGUUCUCAGCAUGUUAGGCUGAAUUCACAAAAUGUUCCACUAGGCCUUGGAAUUACUCAGCGGCUGAAUGAACUGGAGAAGAGCCUUUCCCGCCAACCAAUUGACAGUGAUGAGGAGUCGAGACCAGAUGCCACUGAUGAAGAGAACCAGAAAAAUAUGGAGCGGAUACAGAGGAAAAGCAGCUACCAGCUGAAACCUCAAGGGGAAUUCCAAAGAGCUGGUGUAAAUGCUACAUAUACCUGGAGCCAAAAGAAACAGAAGCCACCACAGCCUUUCCUUCUGGGAUGCAGCACCACCCUUCCCAUCGGGAACUCCCACCCCCUCUCUGCUGGGAGCAUCCCUCGCUCUCCCUGGCCAUCUCAUGCUCUCCAGCAAGGAGACAUCAGUAGCAGCUCUCAUCUCCUGCUCUUCCUGACGGAACCAGUCUGCUCUGAUUCGCCGGUUAUUGGUUUCACCAGGCCUCUGAUAGCCCCCCAGUGCUGCUCUCCUUCUGAAUUGGUCCAAGCAGGGAGCACCAGGAGCGGAACAUGA